ACAACAUUAAAUUGCCCCUUUAAUUCUUCUUCAUUAUUUUCUUCUUCUUCUUCUUCUUUCUCUCUUCUUCAAACUUUUCCGACCGCCAUUAAACCUUCAAAACCCACCACCCCCAUCUGUGGCGGCCGCCCAUAAAUUAAUAUGGAUGAUGUUUCCUUCAACCAUAAUAACCACCACCAAUUCUAUUCAUCUGAUCCAUUCGAAGAUUCCGACGAAUUAAAACCCACCCCCGACUCUCCUCCUCCUACUUCCACCAUCGCCGCUGCCGCCACCACCAAAAAGGGCAGAGGAAUGAAGAAGAAAAUUGUAUCAGUGAAAAUUAACGGCGACAGCCCAAGAAAUUCCUCCGGUUCCGCAACUCCACCUUCAGAUUCAUGGGCUUGGAGAAAGUAUGGUCAAAAACCCAUCAAAGGCUCCCCUUAUCCGAGGGCGUAUUAUAGGUGUAGUAGUUCAAAGGGAUGUCCAGCGAGGAAGCAAGUAGAGAGGAAUCGGCUUGAUCCAACCACGUUGGUCAUUACAUAUUCGUGUGAGCAUAAUCAUUCCGGUCCGGUUUCUAGAAAUAACAACAACAACAAUAAUCAGAAUAACCAAAUCGUUGUGAUGAAACCCGGUUCACCAGAGACGGUUGCGGUUCAUCAAGAACCCGAAGUGGAAGAGAAAUUUGUGGAGAUUGGGGGGGGAGAAGAGUCGUUGAUAACGGCGGAUGAGUUUAGUUGGUUUGGGGAAAUGGAAACGACGUCGUCUACGGUACUCGAAAGCUCCAUUUUUUCCGGCAGAGCGUCCACUGGAUUGGUGGAUCAUUCAAUUUCUAGUGACGUGGCAAUGCUUUUUCCAAUGGGGGAUGAUGACGUGGAUGAGUCACUCUUUGCGGAUCUAGGGGAGUUGCCGGAGUGUUCACUCGUGUUCCGGCGCGGCGGAGGUCGUGGAUUACCGGUGGAUGAACAACCGGCGGCAGCCCAGCGGCGGAUCACGCCUUGGUGUGGGACAACCACAUGAGAUCAGAUGUGCGGCUCUCACUUUGUUUGUAUAAUUCUAGGAGCAUCCUCCGCCAUUGAUGCCGGGAAAGUUUUCUUUUUUUCUUCUUCUUCUUCUUUUUCUUUUUUCUAAAUAUAUUUUUUUCGAAUAUGCAUUAUUAUAAAGAAAAGAAAAGAAAAAGAAAUUCUUGUCUAAUUUUAUUCUAAGGUUAAAUUACCAUUUUAAUCAGUCCUUAUUAGUUUGUGUUGAAUUCUAUUUGAGCUAUAUUAUUGUUUUAAAAUUUUCAAUUUUAGUCACUAUAAAUUUGGUUAAAAUUUUCGAAAAAAAUAUUAUUUUUAUCACUAAACCUUAAUAAACCACAUGCACAGUGACAAAUUCCUUAAGAAGGUGGUGUAGGUUUGGAUAAAAGUAAUAGUAUUUUGAGAAUUUUAAUCAAAAGAUUAUAGAGUUGGAGAAAUUGAAAAUUUUAAAUUAGCUAAAAUGGUAAUUUAACCUUACAAAUAAUUAUCAAUCUUUCUGUAAUUUAAGUGAUGAUAUUUAUCUCUGUCUUAAAUUCUUCUUCUUUGCUUUUGUUUGUGAUUUAUGUAUAUAUAAAUAAUCCUAAAUUUAUCA